AUCACGCAACAGUCUGAUUUCUUGCAGCCUCAUACUUCCUCCUCUCCUUGCCCGCAUAUACACAUCCAGCGCGACAAGAUGACGAAGCGCACCAAGAAGGUCGGUGUCACCGGUAAAUAUGGUACCAGAUACGGUGCCUCGCUCCGAAAGCAAGUGAAGAAGAUGGAAGUCUCCCAGCACGCCCGAUACAUCUGCACUUUCUGCGGCAAGAAUAGCGUAAAACGCAAGGCCGUUGGUAUAUGGGAGUGCCGGUCAUGCUCAAAAGUCGUUGCUGGUGGUGCAUGGACUGUCUCGACUCCUGCCGCAGCCACCAUCCGAUCGACCAUACGUCGUCUCCGGGAAAUUGCGGAAGUUUAAAGAUGACCGGAGGAUGGGAGUUAUUGAGUUGUGUUUCUAUUUUUCAUCUGUGGCCUUUUAGUGUUUCCUUUUAAUGUUCCUUUUUUUUUUUUCUCGGAUGAAAUGACGGGAAUUUGGGAGGUUGCAAUUAUGCAAAUGAAAAAAGAAUCUCGAUGAGAAUUUCACCAGUUUCUAUCUUUUCUAUUCGAUUUCGCUGCGCGUACAUCCUGCGAAACAAGAGAUUCAUAUACGGGUAAAGGAAACAUUCGUUCCGCAGCGUGAGACACUCGAUUGAUGGGUUUUUCACGGCUAACCGAUCGAAGUCUCCCGAGGCCGAGUAGAGAGAGAAAAGACAAAUCGAAAUUUUGCAUUUCUUCUUCCCAACC